GCGCGUUUUAUGUUAACUCGAGAUAUUUAUUUUCGCCACCUGGAUUUAACGUACGAGCCGGUUAGGUUUUGACAGCCGUAUAAAUAAGGCUUUAAAAACAAACCUUCCCAGAGACAAGGCGGUGUUUGCCCUGGGCUACGUGUGUGUGUGUCUCCUCUUGCUGAAGGGCUGGGUGGGUGAUGAGGGUGCAGAGGUGGGCCGAGCUCAGUCUGAAAGCUCCGUUUCUGGUGUCUCUGUGUGGAAAGCGGCGGCCCUCCUCUUCACAUCCACAGCCCUGGAGACACGUGUGUGGGUUCCGCAGUCGCAGCUCCAGCGCGGUGAUGGCAGAAGAGGCGAAGAAACUGGCGGCGUACGCUGCUGUGGACAACCACAUACAGAAUAACCAGGUGGUCGGAGUGGGAAGUGGCUCCACUAUUGUCUAUGCUGUGGACAGGCUGGCUGAGAGAGUAAGGCAGGAGAAGCUGAACAUUGUAUGUGUUCCCACGUCCUUCCAGGCUCGUCAGCUGAUCCUCAAGCACGGUCUCUCUCUGUCUGAUCUAGACAGGCACCCAGAGCUGGACGUAGCAAUUGAUGGAGCUGACGAGGUGGAUGCUUCGCUCACUCUUAUUAAGGGAGGCGGAGGAUGCUUGACUCAGGAGAAAAUUGUAGCUGGCUGUGCAAAACACUUCAUUGUCAUUGCUGAUUACAGGAAGGACUCAAAGGCGCUGGGGCAGCAGUGGAAGAAAGGUGUGCCAGUUGAAGUGAUCCCCAUAGCCUAUGUGCCUGUGUCCAGGGCAAUCGCCCGCCGCUUCGGAGGAGAAGCUGUGCUGAGAAUGGCCGUCAGUAAAGCGGGCCCUGUGGUGACUGAUAACAGCAACUUUAUCCUGGACUGGAAAUUUGAACAUGCUCAGAACUGGAAAGAGGUCAACACUGCCAUCAAAAUGAUCCCAGGUGUGGUAGAGACCGGGCUGUUUGUAGGAAUGGCUGAGCGAGUUUACUUUGGGAUGGAAGAUGGAAGUGUGAAGAUCAGAGAUCCGCCUGUUAACUGAAAGAGAAAGCUUUUCUCUCCCGCUGCAAAGACCAGCCUGACACCAUAAGUGCCGGUGGAGUACAUACUCGUGCAGCUCAUACAGUGCCGUCUACAGGGAAUAACAACAACUCCUGCUGGGAGAGAGACACGCAACCACAACAUUUCCUGUUCUCUCACGAAAGCUUUGGGGGGGGGGGUCAAUGUUAUUUUUCCAUUAUUUUGUUUUCCUCAGUGUUCACCAUACUGUUACUGUCCCUUUGUUGAGCAAAUUGAAAGCUGUUAAAUCAGCCUUUGCUCUGUUCUGAAGUGCAGCCAGACCAACCAGAGCUGCAUUGUCGGACAGGGAUUAAGCGUGGUCUUGGACUAAAGUAGUCAGCGGUGGUUGAAAAUGCUUUUUGUGUAGGACUAGGCUUAGAUUGUGCCCUUAGUGUCUGUCUGCCUUUUGUGAUUUUCAACACACGUUAUGAUUGCUGUCAAUUAUGCACUUCUCCACGCAUGUUCACUUUAAAACCAUUGCUGGUUGUAGUUUGACAUGUGCCUCAUACAUCUUUCUGUUGAUUUCCUGUUGCCUUCUAAUUAAAAACUCAAUCAUCUUUUUGUUAAAUUGAACCAAAGCAUGAACGAGAUUUGAGAUUUGCUAAAUAUAGAACUAACACUGCGGGUAAAUAUUGCUAAAAGGUGCACAGAUAAUUUUUUUUUUUUUUUUGUGCCACUUGGACAUAAACUUACAUUUAUGAUAUCUUCUAGCAUCUAGAAUUAAUGGAUUGCAUUGUCAAUUUUUUUUUCUCCAAAUUUAUACCUCAGUUUGUAGUCAGGCUGCUGUUUCACCCAUUAUCAUCUAUGUGAACAGUAUUUACUUUCAUAUUAAAAUAAUUGAAUGGGACAGAGUUCUAGUUCUGCUGCCAUCAUGAAUGUAAUUUCUGUUCAUUUCAGACAGAUAAUUUCUGCUCAGAUGAGGGGUGGGGUUGAGAUCAAGUGAUUCGGUUCUACUAAUUACUAUUACCAACAUUGCUACCAAAACAUUGUGUUCUAAUGCAGUUUCUUGAAGAGUAAUAGUGUUUUGGAUGUUAUAGCUUUGAUCAGUGCCCAAGAGUGGCUGAAAACAACAGCUCUGGAUGCAGUUCCUGGGUUAGUAGCUGUCACUAGAUUACAGUAGUGAAACAUCAGUCACCCAAGAAUCAUCAAUCAAAUCAUCAAAUCAGCUGAAUUUUCACUGUGUGUUUUAUAUAAUGUGCCUAUUCACAGGCGGUCGUCAGGGAUUUGAAAUAGCACUGUAGUUUCUGGUAACCUGGCUCAACUCAGAUCUUCAGGUCUUACCUUAGGCCCACUCAGCUUUAUGUUAAUACAGAUGUUUGUCUGACUUGCCUGUGAAGUCACUGUGAUUUUUGCAUAACGUAAUAUUAAACACACCAGCUUUAUGUUGAAGUUUCUGUACCAGUACUACUGUGACUUUUAGGGUUUCGAUUAAGCGAAUGGCAUCCUAAAACGUUGUAAAGACCAAUCUAAUUAAAAAGGACCAACCAAGAAAGA